AUGGCCAUCGAACCCUCCCUGGUCUGGACACACUCCAAGGGCUCCUCUUUUGCCAUCAACACUGGUAGUUUUCAAGGGAAGGGACACCAAGCCCUGCAGUUCUUCUGGCCUGCAGACCCUGCAGGCAUCACUGCUACUGUCAGCAUCCAUAAAGCUAUUAAUGCUCAGGAAGUGGCUGUCAAGGAGAAGCACGCCAGGACCUGCAUCCUGGGCACGCACCACGAGAAGGGGGCUCAGACCUUCUGGUCGGUGGUGAACCGGCUGCCGCUCUCCGGCAACGCCGUGCUCUGCUGGAAGUUCUGCCACGUCUUCCACAAGCUGCUCCGGGACGGCCACUCCAACGUCCUGAAAGACUCCAUGAGAUACAAGAAUGAGCUGAGCGACAUGAGCAGGAUGUGGGGCCACCUGAGCGAGGGCUAUGGACAGCUCUGCAGCAUCUACCUCAAACUGCUGAGAACCAAGAUGGAGUUUCACACCAAGAAUCCCCGUUUCCCGGGCAAUCUCCAGAUGUCUGACCGGCAGCUCGACGAUGCAGGGGAGAACGACGUCAAUAAUUUUUUCCAGCUGACUGUGGAGAUGUUUGACUACCUGGAGUGUGAGCUGAACCUCUUCCAGACGGUGUUCAGCUCCCUGGACAUGUCGCGCUCGGUGUCGGUGACGGCGGCGGGGCAGUGCCGCCUGGCCCCGCUCAUCCAGGUCAUCCUGGACUGCAGCCACCUCUACGACUACACUGUCAAGCUGCUCUUCAAGCUCCACUCCUGUCUGCCAGCAGAUACACUGCAGGGCCACCGGGAUCGCUUCCUGGAGCAGUUCAGAAAGCUGAAGGACCUCUUCUACCGCUCCAGCAACCUGCAGUACUUCAAGCGGCUGAUUCAGAUCCCACAGCUGCCAGAGAACCCUCCCAAUUUCCUGCGUGCCUCAGCCCUGUCAGAGCACAUCAGCCCCGUGGUGGUCAUCCCUGCUGAGGCAUCCUCACCUGACAGUGAGCCCAUCACGGACCUGGUGGAGAUGGAGACAGCCUCACAGAGCCUGUUUGACAAUAAGUUUGACGACAUCUUCGGCAGCUCCUUCAGCACUGACCCCUUCAACUUCAACAGCCAGAACGGGAUGAACAAGGAUGACAAGGACCAGCUGAUCGAGCAGCUUUAUGGGGAGAUUGCAGCCCUGAAGGAGGAGCUGGAGAACUUCAAGGCCGAGAGCGGAAGGGCCGCAGAGCAGCUGCGGGGCCGCGGGAAUGAGCUGGAGGCCGAGCUGGCCGAGCAGCAGCACCUGAAGCGGCGGGCGCAGGACGAGAGCGAGUUCCUGCGCGCGGAGCUGGAGGAGCUGAAGAAGCAGCGGGAGGACACGGAGAAGGCGCAGAGGAGCCUGACGGAGAUCGAAAGGCGGGCACAGGCCAACGAGCAGCGCUACAGCAAGCUGAAGGAGAAGUACAGCGAGCUGGUGCAGAACCACGCCGACCUGCUGCGGAAGAAUGCAGAGGUGACCAAGCAGGUGACAGUGGCCAGGCAGGCCCAGGGGGAUGUGGAGCGGGAGAAGAAGGAGCUGGAGGACUCCUUCCAGCGGGUGAGCGAGCAGGCGCAGAGGAAGGUGCGUAGGGAAGGGGGGCACGCCAGGGGUGGGCAGUGGGCUUCCCCAUGGGGCACUGGGGCCAGCAACCUCUCUUCUUGCCCACAGUCUCAGGAGCAGGCAGAGGUGCUGGACACACUGAAGCAGGAGCUGGCAGCCAGCAGACAGGAGCUGCAGGUCCUCCAGGGCACCCUGGAGUCCCGCACACAGGUGGGAGUGGAGCAGAGCACCCGGAUCACCAGCCUGGAGCAGGAGAGGGAUGACCUGAGCCGGGCAGUGGAUCGGCACAGGGAGGAGAUGACAGCUCUGCGGGCUGAGCUGCAGCAACUGCAAGACACGCUUGGCCACCAGCAGGAGAGCAGCAGGAAGGAGCUGGAGACACUGCAAACCCAGCUGAGAGACAAGGCUGUGCCAGCAGCAGAAAGCAGCUGUGCCACGCACUGGGAGGCUGGUGUCAGCCCUGCCUGCUCUCUGCCCACAGACUGCCUCCUGUCCCAGGCGCUGGCAGCCCUGGAGUGUGCGGAGCGGCUGCGGGACGCACACGGGAAGUCCCUUUCCAGCGGUGCAGCCGUGGGCUCCGUGCUGCCCUGCCUAGCCCUGUUUGCCCACCUGGUCAGUGACACGCUCCUGCAGGGCAGCGCCACCUCCCACCAGGCCCCCAUGGAACAUGCAGACCGGCUGCUGGAGACGUGCAGGCAGUGUGGCAGUGAGGCUGUGAGCUACCUCAGUGCCCUGCAGGACCCAGGGACGGUGCAAAGUGCCGACUGCAGCCCAGUGAUGACCUGCCUGAGCCGGAUCAGCGCCAUCGGGGAGGAGCUGCGGCCCAGAGGGCUGGACGUCAAGCAGGAGGAGCUGGGUGACCUGGUGGACAAGGAGAUGGCAGCAACAGCAGCAGCCAUCGAGACAGCGGCUGCUCGCAUCGAGGAGAUGCUUAGCAAGGCACGAGCUGGUGACACUGGCGUCAAACUGGAAGUGAAUGAGAGGAUCCUGGGCUCCUGCACAGGCCUCAUGCAAGCCAUCCAUAUCCUGGUCAUGGCCUCCAAGGACCUCCAGAGGGAGAUUGUGGAGAGUGGACGGGGUGCCGCGUCCCCCAAGGAGUUUUACGCCAAGAAUUCCCGCUGGACUGAGGGUCUCAUCUCCGCCUCCAAGGCCGUGGGCUGGGGUGCCACUGUCAUGGUUGAUGCUGCUGACCUGGUAGUGCAAGGCAAGGGGACGUUUGAGGAGCUGAUGGUCUGUUCCCGGGAGAUCGCUGCCAGCACCGCUCAGCUGGUGGCAGCCUCCAAGGUGAAGGCAGACAAAGACAGUGCCAACCUUUGCAAGCUCCAACAAGCUUCCCGCGGUGUCAACCAGGCCACAGCUGGUGUGGUGGCCUCCACCAAGGCUGGGAAGUCACAGGUGGAGGAGAAAGACAGCAUGGACUUCUCCAGCAUGACGCUCACCCAGAUCAAGCGCCAGGAGAUGGACUCGCAGGUGCGGGUGCUGGAGCUGGAAAACCAGCUGCAGAAGGAGCGGCAGAAGCUGGGGGAGCUGCGCAAGAAGCACUACGAGCUGGCAGGAGUGGCAGAAGGCUGGGAGGAGGAUGCUGCAGAGUAA